AAAGGGCAAUUCUUAAAUACAAAGGGAAAAGAAAUAUGAAGAAGGGCAAUAUCAAAUCCAAGAAUACAUGGAUACGACACCGUUUCAUUUCAGCAAGGAAUCCAACACUUUUCCCUAUUUUUUUUUUUUUAUUUAUUACAGCGAGGUUUUUUAUGAUGUUCUUUAGCCGCCAAUUUCCAGAGGCCCCUCUGCUCAACUGCUUCAUUCAUGCACUAACAUCACAGGGGGAGUCCCAAUCGAAACUGGGCCCGAGUGAAAAUGCAAAGUCCACAAGCACAAGCCAAAGAAAUUUGGGAGACUCUGUAUUCUCAUCCAUUCAAGGUCCAAUCUUUGAGUCCACCCAAAGGGUUUAGGAUUCAAUUUGAGGGCAGCAAUCUUGUUUUUGUCGUCAACCAUCUUUCUUUGAUGGUUGUGUGAAUUCUAGAUCUUCCACUUGUUACAAUAUCUUAAUCGUUGUAUUUUUAUUUUUUCGAAUUAUUGUUUCUGUUGUUGGUCCUUCUCUCAUUUGGCUCAUUGCUGUUGGUUUUAGUGAUGUGGGAUUGCCUAAUUAUUGGUUUCCACCUCUUUUCAUGGAAAUCCUUGAUAUGGACUGCCCUUAUCUACUUUACUCUGAUUUGCUUCUUGCUAUGAAGCUUGUGCUCAUCUGAUGCUUGUUGGCGUUUCUCCCUCUUUGUUAAUGGUUGACUUCAGAAUGAUGAUCUAUAGUGGCCUUGUGAUUUGCAGAUGAAUCUUGAUCUAGGUAUUUUUCAGUGUGCCCUUUUUUAGAAAACAAAAUUUGUACCAUUGGAGAUUGACUCUGCAGAAAGAGAAACCGAAAGAGGAGUGCUCAUAUGUUGGGCUCAAUGAAUCUGAUUACAACCAUUAUAGGGUUUGGAAUGAGUGCCACUUUCAUUGUCUUUGUUUGCACUAGACUCAUCUGCGGUCGGUUCCGCCGGAUUGAGGCCAGGCAAAUGUUUGAGAUUGACUCAAGAACCGAUCUUGAACUGCCAGAACACCGAAUUAAUGGCCUCGAACCAGUUGUAGUUGCUGCAAUUCCUACGAUGAAGUUCGACCAUGAAGCCUUCAGUUCAAUGGAAGAUGCACAAUGCACCAUAUGCUUGGCAGAGUAUCAAGAGAAGGAAAUGCUGAGAAUCAUGCCAAAAUGUGGCCACAGCUUCCAUCUUGUCUGCAUCGAUACAUGGCUGAGAAAGCAAUCCACAUGUCCAGUUUGCCGCCUUUCAGUACAAGACUCCAUCGACACCAAGGAUAUUCGAUCAGCAACACUUUCUGCAGCUCAUUCUUUCAAUAGCUCUGAGAUCACUCUCGAACACUCCCAGCAAUGGCUGCUUCCCCCUGCCGCGGCUACUGAGAGCAACCAAGCACGCGAAUUUCCGAUCUCCAUUGAAGUCGAGGCCAACCCGUCUGCACCUACAGCAUCAAGGCCAUCAUCAUAGGGGGUGUUUUGAAAGAUCCCAUUUGUUCUUUUGUCCCCAAUCUUCAGAGUAAAAACGAAACCAAUCUUUUUAGCAGAUGCAGUUCAGUAAAGAAGUCAUUGCAUAUUAUACUUUCUGUACAUGAACUUUCAGUUAUGAUUUCCACCAUAUUGUUUUAAUUUAUGUUGGAGGCUUCAAUGAAGUGCAACCGUCUUGAUGGUAAUGAAACUGUUGUUUUCCAGACAUCGCAACUUCGUCAGGGUCAG